AUGCCUGAGCAAGAACCGUCAAAUCCCAAUGGUCGCAAACGCUCUGAGGUACACUAUAUUUCGAUUCCUUUGAAUAGAGGUUCAGAAUUUUCACCAGACGAUGCUACAUCGCAGUUUCAAUCUGAUGGGUUCACGACUCGGAGGCAGUCUAUCCUAGACCAACCAGUUGGCUCUUUCAAGGGUGUUAAUUCUAUAAGUCGAUUCGCAACUUCAUUGAGAAGAGCUAAUUCGUUUCGUAACAUCGAAUUAAACGCAGAUAAUGAAAGAUCGUUCUUCAAAGAUACUAACGAUGAAACGUACGACCCAGAUACUUUGGCACCGGCUAUGGACGGCAGGAGAUUAUCGGUCACCUUAAAUAGUUCUGGUCGUCCACGCAUCAGCAACGCGGCAAAUAAUUUUGACAGAAUUAGUACAGCUAGUAUGGCAAUCCACGAUGAUGACUACGGAUCCAUCCAAAAUUCUAUGAUUGGCGAUUCUGGGUCAAUACUACGCCCUACUGCUUCUUUAACUGAAAUGAUAAGCGGAGGUGCAGGGAGGAAUUAUGCGAAUAAUGAUAUGGAAUCAAUUGUGGUAAAAAGAGUGGAAGGCGUAGAUGGUAAGGUCGUGACUUUACUUGCUGGUCAAUCAACCGGCCCACAAACCAUCUUCAACUCAAUUAAUGUGUUAAUUGGCAUUGGACUUUUAGCAUUACCACUCGGAUUGAGAUAUGCCGGCUGGGUUUUGGGAUUUACCUUACUUUCUAUUUUCGCUUUAGGAACUUUCUGUACAGCUGAACUUUUGUCCAGGUGUUUAGACACAGAUCCGACUUUGAUAUCAUAUGCAGAUUUGGGCUAUGCAGCAUUUGGUUCUAAAGGCCGUGCGUUGAUUUCAGCUCUCUUUACGCUUGAUCUACUUGGUAGCGGAGUGACCCUUGUGAUCUUGUUUGGAGAUUCUUUAAACGCUUUAUUUCCUCAAUACUCUACCACUUUUUUCAAGAUUGUUUCAUUCUUUUUUAUUACACCCCCAGUUUUCAUACCAUUGAGCGUUCUCUCUAAUGUUUCACUUCUGGGUAUCCUUUCAACAACAGGAACUGUAUUGGUCAUCUGUUGUUGCGGACUAUACAAGGCAUCUUCACCAGGCUCAUUGCUCAAUCCGAUGGAAACAAACAUGUGGCCAUUGGACUUCAAGCAUCUUUGCUUAUCUAUAGGAUUGCUUAGCGCAUGCUGGGGAGGACAUGCAGUUUUCCCAAAUUUGAAGACGGAUAUGAGACAUCCAGGUAAAUUUAAGGACUGUUUAAAAACAACUUAUAAGAUAACAUCGGUCACUGACAUAGGUACUGCCGUUAUAGGUUUUUUAAUGUUUGGUAAUUUGGUUAAGGAUGAAAUUACCAAGAAUGUUUUGCUAACGGAGGGAUAUCCGAAGUUCGUAUAUGCUCUAAUUUCAGCACUUAUGACAAUUAUUCCUAUUGCCAAAACUCCUUUGAGUGCAAGGCCGAUUGUUUCCGUGUUAGACGUUUUUAUGAACGUGCAACAGAUCGAUGAAGCGGACAGCCCUAUGAAAAGAAGAAUUUCGAAAGGUCUUCAGCUAUUCAAUAGAAUUUUCAUUAAUGUUGUUUUCGUUUUAAUAGCUAUAAGCCUCCCUGAAUUUGACAAGAUCAUUGCGUUUUUGGGUGCAGGCUUGUGUUUCGCAAUUUGUCUAAUUUUGCCAUGUUGGUUUUAUUUAAGGAUAUGCAAGACUACCAUCAAACCUUGGGAAAGAAUGGCCUGUUACAUAACAAUAUGUGCCAGUGUCGUGUUGUCUACAUUGGGAGUUGGUGCUGCAAUCAUUUCUUAG